UUACGAUACCGUUCGAGUUUUCCCGAUAAUACCAAGCAAUAAUAAAUACAUUUUUUGUAUUAUAAUGAAUUUUGGUAAACAAUUUUAUUACUGUGAUGGAAAAAUCAAUGUUUACCAACUGCUCGUCAGCGUUUUUGAAAAGACACCAUUGUUGAUGGAUGGAACUAUGGAACUAUUUUGGAUGAAGAAUUUAAUCUUUAAAAGUAUUCCCAAUGGAAUCAUGGCUUUUGAAUCUGAGCCUCGACAAGAAGGAUAUCUGAUUCAACUUGCUCUCAACAACCUGGAAGAUUUUGACACAAUUAUUGAUGAAGAUAAUGCACCUCAAGCAGGGUCACUAGCAGCUCAGGCCUUGUGGACCAUCCUCCCGGAAGUUAACAGCAAAGAAAAUGAGUAUCAAAUAAAAGUUUUAUCACAUCCGGAAGGCAAAUUAACCUACACUCAUGGUUCCAGUUGGGGUGGUAGGUACAUGGAACUCGAUUUCACAAAUGCGGAAAGUUACGAUCCAGGUGCAACCAUGUAUUCGUCUUGUUUGUGGUAUUUUCGUCCCUGUGAAUUUUCAGAUUAUUUCACAAUCCAUAACUCAGAUCCCAGAAGGGAUCCAAACUUUGUCACAUUUUCAAACGAACCAUCCGAACGGGGACAGCUCAUGCAGCUAGGAACAAAGGAGCUCGACAAUUAUUCAGUCAAAGGCGUGUUUCGUCAGGAUGCAUUAUGGCAGUUUAAACCCAAAAAUUUUCAACUAUUUGCCCACAUAACGGACUUUCACUUUGAAGUACCAUCAGAGUCCCAAAUAUCUGACGAAGCUUAUCCAGUUGUUAUAGCGGAGGAAAUAUUCUCCUCGUCAACGACUAACCCAGAAAAUUACAAGGUUAACUUUACCACUCAAAUUCCAGAAACAUUCAAACUUAACUUUUUGCAGUCCUUUAAACCCUUCCCCGAAAGAAAUAUCACAAUUGACACGUCCUGCUUUGUUGGGAAGAAUAAACUGAAAUUUCUGAAUGUGCAAGAACCCAUGAAUUUUGAGAAAAAGUUUGGAUCAAAUACGCAAUUUAUUUGUUUAACCGACACAGAAUAUAAUAUCCAGCAAGAUUUUAAGUUUCCACAUGAGGAAGAUGUAGAAAAACUAAAGGUGAAAGGUUAUUGCAGUAUUGUGAAAGAAUUGGAGAUUCCGUUUAUAGCUACAGUGAAAGUGAAGGCAAUUGCUGAUUGUGUAAAUGCCACAAAUGGGCAAAAAGUGGAUUACUUUCAAAUCGAGGAUUCCCAAGUUAUCGAGUAUUUGCUAAAAUUUGAAAAAUUUACAGGAAAAAUAAAAAAUACUCAAGAAAAAAUCCAGAAAAAUGCAGGUUUCGGCAAAAAAGUCAAUAUCCAGCAGCAAAGUGUCUGCAAUAAUGACACUGCUGUAGAUUGUGAGGUGAGUGGGAGGCUAAGAUGUACCUGUGGGGUUGAUACGUACCUAGAUUUCAAAGUUAUUAGUUAACGAAGCUGUGUAUUAUCUUUAUUUCUGAUGAAAUUAAUAAUAAUAACUGAUCUGACUUAAUCAGUGAUUAAGGUGAUUAAUAUA